AUGAACUGCAUAGCUCAGACAUGCGUCUCAUCGGCCCUGAGCCUCACAGCCAACACUGAAGGUCACCGGACACAGCAGAGCUACAUGCUGGGGACAUGUGAAGAUGAUACAGAGAAAUAUCUGCAGCCACAGGACCUGAUGAAGCUGGGACACAAUUCAUUGCCUCAAGAGGACUACAUGGAAUUCAACACAGGAGCACGGUCUGCCAGGUUCCUGGUGAGCUUCAUGGUGGAUGCCAGGGGUGGAUCUAUGAGGGGAAGUCGUCAUAAUGGUAUGCGCAUUAUCAUUCCACCCAGGAAGUGUCCAGCACCAACGCAAGUCACGUGCCGCUUCUCAAAACGCCAAUGUCUGCCAUAUCCACCCCCUCUGGUUGAGGGCGAGGGGCUUGUAAGCAGGCUAGUAGAGAUGGGACCAGCCAGAACCCAUUUUCUGGGCCCAGUCAUUGUGGAGAUCCCACAUUUUGGCUCAAUGUGUGGAAAGGAGCGUGAGCUGAUUGUACUGCGCAGCGAUAACGGUGAUUCAUGGAAGGAGCAUCACUAUGACUGCUGUACAGAAGAUCUCAUUGCUUUGCUGAAGGGCAUGAACGAAGAACUGGAUAGCCCUGUGGAGCUGGAGAAGAAGCAUAUCUGCCGAAUCAUUACUAAAGACUUCCCACAAUACUUUGCAGUGGUGUCUCGUAUUAAACAAGAGAGCGACUACAUGGGUCCAGAGGGUGGAGUGUUAACCAGUAAAUCUGUUCCAAUGGUGAGGGCUGCCUUUCCUCCUGGAGCACUCACCAAGAAGAUACGUGUCGGCUUACAGGCUCAGCCAGUGCCAGAGGAAAUUGUGCGUAGUGUUGUUGAUAAGCAAGCCUCCUUCAGUCCUAUUGUAAUCGUAGAACCGAGAAGAAGAAAGUUUCAUAAACCCAUCACCAUCACAAUUCCUGUUCCACCCAGAGCUAAAGAUGUCACAUCUAAAGGAUGUAAAGGAGACCCGGUUCCAUGCUUGAGACUGCUCUGCAGCAUCACAGGUGGCACUUGUCCAGCUCAGUGGGAGGACAUCACCGGCACUACUUCACUCUCCUUUGUCACUGACUGUGUCUCAUUUACUACAAAUGUUUCAGCCAGAUUCUGGUUGGCAAACUGUUACCAAGUGAAUGAUACAGUUGUUAUGGCAACCCCAGUUUACAAGGAGCUGAUUUGUGUGCCAUACCUUGCUAAAUUUGUGGUGUUUGCAAAGCCUCUUGACUUAGCAGUGGUACAGCUGCGUUGCUUCUGUAUAACUGAUGAUAAGGUGGACAAAACACUUGAGCAGCAGGAAAACUUUGAAGAAGUAGCCAGGAGCAAAGAUAUUGAGGUUACAGAGGGAACGCCAAUCUAUGUGCAAUGCUAUGGCAAUCUAGCUCCAGUCAGCAAGACCAGCCAAAAGCUUGUUUUCACAUUCUAUGCCUUCAAAGAGAACCGACUACCUUUUACUGUUAAGGUGUUGGACAUUGGACAGGAGCCAUAUGGAAAACUCUCAUUUCUCAAAGAUUUAAAAUUUACUAAAGGCUUUCCACAGAGGACUAUCUGCAACCUUAAUUUCACACUGACAGCACAUAAAAAGGUGAAAAACAAAAAUCAACGUCAUAUCAUUGCUUCAUUAGCAUUACGACAACGCUUCAACAGUUUGUGUGAUCCCACAUCCAGUCCACAGAGUCCAUGUGAGAGAACAGACCUCCGUAUUGCUAUAGUUGCUGAUCAUCUGGGACUUAGCUGGACAGAGUUGGCACGAGAAAUGAAUUUCUCAGUGGAUGAGAUCAAUCAAAUCCGCACAGAAAACCCCAACUCCCUCACUGCCCAGAGUUUCAUGCUUUUGAAGAAGUGGGUAAGCAGAGAUGGAAAAGAUGCAACCACGGAUGCUCUGACCUCGGGGUUGACCAAAGUGAACCGGAUGGAUAUUGUCACUCUGCUGGAAGGGCCAAUAUUUGACUAUGGUAUCAUUUCAGGCACCAGAAGUUUUGCAGAUGACAGUGUUGUGAAGAAAGAAGAUGGCCAAGUUUAGAUCCCACCCACACCUAUUUUUUACUGUUAUUAUUAUUGUUAUUAUUUCAAGCCAUUUCCACAAAGCUUCAAGUACUGUCCAGAUAGGUGAGCCUAUCACUAUAACUACAAUAUUGUAAUUUUUUUGUUUCUUUUAUAUUUUGACACAGACUUCUUGCAUUUACAGUCUGUAACUCCUGUGAAAAAGAUGGUUAAAUGAUAAUGUAAUUUUGUUCAUGCAGUUACUCAGACCUAAAAAUCAGGUGUUCAGUGUGUCUUUUUUUUCAAUGUGCCUGCUGAGCAUGCUGGGUCCGUUGUGGCUCACGUUAAGUUGGUAAUUGCUGUUAUACAUUACAAUACAUUAUCAAAAACUGUAGGGAUAGCACUGAACCAGUUAACUGUAAAAGAAAUGUUUUUGGAAAUAUCUUAAAUAACUUGGUAAAGGUACAUGGCAUGGUAAACAGUAAAAACCAUAACUAUUAUAGUGAUAAUAAUAGCAUUUCCACACACAUACACACAAUGAUGAGAACGUACAUGAUUGGGACUAAACAGCUGAAAACCACUUGUUUGUGAGGUUCAUUGUAAAAAGUGUUCAAUUUCCAUAAGUAGUUAAAGAUUAAAGCAUAAAGAUUGACCUUUGGAGCAAUGGAGAAAGGUCAUAUGGUCUGAUGAGCAAUGAGAGCCAAGUCCAGAUCAAUUAGGGUAAGAAGGGUGCAUCACUUCAUGGGCUUCCCAUUAUGCAUAGUGUCCCCUGUACAAGCCUCUGGAGACAGUGUUAUGAUCUGGGGUUGAUCAGUUAUUCAGGUCUAGACUCAUUAUGUGGAAAUAAAUGAAGUCAGCUGACCACCUGAAUGUGUUGAAUCACCAGGGGCCUCAUGUAUAAAACUUUGCGUAGAUUUCAUCCUUAAAAUGUGCGUACGCACAUAAGGCAGAAUUUGCGUACGCACAAAAGUUUUCAGAUUUAUAAAACCGUACGUACGCCAGAACCUGCGCAAGGUUCGCUUUAUAAAUCACAAUUAUCUGAAUAUUGUGCGCAGGAGCACGUGCUUAUAGCUUACCCCAAUCUCCUCCUGAAAUAACCAUAUUUGGAGGUUAAGACCGCCUAUUUUGAAUAUGUAUGAUCUCCCUGCAUAUUAAUACGACCGAUAAUUGUCAUUGAUCUGUUGGCUAAAAAUGGAAAAACAGAAACGAAAAGCAAAAAAAAAGAAACUUCACCGACUGCGAGAUAGAGGUACUGCUGUCUGAGGUGGAGGGCCGAAAAAAAGUUUUAUUUGGUGGGCUCUCUGCGGGCAUUUCAAAUAAAAGAAAGAUGGUAGAAUGGGAGCAAGUAUAACAGAAGCAGUCAAUGCUGUUACAUCGGUGCCUCGCACUGUCCAAGAGACCAAAAAAAAAAUGGUCAGACUUAAAAGUAGUCGUUAAAAAAAAGAAUAUGUGCACACAGGCGCAGUGUUGUAACAACUGGUGGUGGUCAAGGAAUCACUGACCUCUCAGCCUUUGAUGCAAGGGUGGGCGCGAUUAUAGGGGAAACAGGAUUAAGUGGAGUUCUUCCAGAAUUCCAAAGUGAUACGGAUGUGAUUUGCGGUGACGAUGGUAAGUAAUUGAUUUAUCUACACAUUAUAUAAGUUUUUGUCUGUUUAA